AAGGAAACAUAAACUAUGAGCCUAAUCGCAAUUAUGAUAAAUGGAUAAAUUCUAAUGAAUCAAACAAAAGUGGCAUUCAAAGUAAUAGUGGUAGAAUCCCGGAUUUUCAAGCAACAUUCCAAUUGGAAUCUGAGGAAUUUGAAUUCAUAUAUGGGGAAGUUAGCGGUCCCCCAUAUAAACCUAUCAGUACAAAGAUUGAAACCGAUAGAAGGAAACUCAUUCGCUAUAUGAAGCGUAACAAAAGUGGACAAGAGGAAAAAUUUAUAAAGAAUUUUAGAUUAAAUAUUGAUACUAAACUAAUCGACAAUAUUAACAUUUUUUCCAUUCUUGUCUAUGAGCAUACUAUCGAACCUUUUAAAAAGAUCAAGCUCAAUCUUGAAGCAAAUAGAAACGUUUAUAAUACACAAAAAGUGAAAGUCAAUAAACGUCCAGCAAACGAUCCUCCUGUAUACCCGUCCCCCCAAAAGACAAAAAGCUAG